AUGCCGCCUGAAUAUAAUAGAGAUUUUGACAGUAACAAUAUCAGAAACAUUACUUCCAGCUCUGUGAAAGUCAAAGCAGAAAAUUUAAUUUUGGACCACAAUGAAAUUGAAGUGAUUGAAGACUGGUCGUUCCACGAUUCCCAAAUUGCUAACUUGAGUUUGAAAGGGAACAGAAAUUUACGACUGAUCACUAAUGAUGCUUUCACGGGACUGAAGAAUUUAAGAACACUAGACCUUUCUGAAACGAAGAUUCGGAGAUUACCAACUCAGGGUUUAGAGAACUUAGAAGUUCUGAGGAUUAAAGACACAACAGCCAUGCGGGAGUUUCCCUCUGUCCUGCAUUUCCCGGAAAUGAAAGAAGCGCUGCUCACAUAUCCAUACCAUUGCUGUGCUUUCAAGUAUCCAGUGACCCACGAUCCCAUAGAGUUCAGCAGACUGCAGUCGUUGCGCAAAGACGUCCACAGAAGAUACUGUUCUUCCACUACUUCAGAGGCGACUCCUCCGGACAUGACCACCCCCUGGCGCAGACGGAGAUUCGUGUCGACAUUUUCUAGAAGCGAUUAUAAUGGAGAAGAUGAGGACAUAGUGUAUGGCCACGUCGUGUACACUCCUCCGCCAGACGACAACCAGAGUUCACACUGGGAGACAGGACUCGACGAGCUGAUGGCCCAGGAAGGGUUCUUCGACCCAAUAUACAGCGACAUUUCUGACCACCACCAACAUUUGAAUGACAGGGAGGAUAUUCAAGUGGAUGGUAUUUUCCAUGCCAGACCCAUAACCAUCAGACCGGAUGACCCAGUCAAGGCCGUCUGCGGCCAUUUCGCUCGAGAUUUCCGGCAGGUCACGUGCUAUCCGGAGCCGGAUGCCUUCAACCCUUGCGAGGACGUCAUGGGCCAUUGGGUUCUGAGGGUGGUCGUGUGGUUCGUGGCACUGGCCGCCAUGCUGGGCAACCUGGCAGUCCUGGUGGUCAUCCUGACGGCCCGUUCCAAGCUCAGUGUUUCCAUGUUCCUGAUGUGCCAUCUGGCUUUCGCGGACUUCUGCAUGGGCCUCUACCUGUUAAUAAUAGCCAUUGUCGACAUCCGAACCAUGGGCACUUACUUCAACCAUGCCAUCGACUGGCAGCAAGGUGCUGGCUGUCAGGUGGCGGGUUUCCUGACCGUCUUCGCGAGCGAGCUGUCCAUCUUCACCCUCACCGUCAUCACCCUGGAACGCUGGUACGCCAUCACCUACGCCAUACACCUGAAUAGGCGCCUGCAUCUGGGCACGGCAGCCAAGGUCAUGGCCAUGGGCUGGCUGUACGCUGCCAUCAUGGGAGCCCUUCCAUUGGCCGACGUCAGCGGGUACGCCCGCACGUCCAUUUGUCUGCCCAUGGAGAAUGAUGACUUCGCAGACCUGACGUACCUCAUCAUCCUUCUCAGCGUCAAGGGAUUCGCUUUUCUGCUCAUAUGCACGUGCUACGCCAAGAUGUACCUGUCCAUCAGGGCGUCCAGCUUGGGAGGGAUCGACAGGCAGACACCGGAUUUGCAUGCCAACAGGGCCGUCCGUUCCGACUUAUCAGUAGCCAAGCGCAUGGCGAUGCUGGUCUUCACAGACUUCGCCUGCUGGGCACCCAUCGCUUUCUUCGGACUGACCGCAGUCGCUGGGAUGCCACUGAUCGACGUGACCAAAUCGAAGAUCCUCCUCGUCUUCUUCUACCCCUUGAACUCGUGCGCCAACCCCUUCCUCUACGUCAUCCUCACCAAACAGUACCGGAAGGACGUGUACGCUCUCCUCCUGCGAUUGGGAUUCUGCCACAGGAAGAAUUCUUGUGCCCAUGGACGCACUCUGUCUUCAAACACCAACCAGCAGAGGAGGGUGUCAUCAGUGAAGACUUUGUACAGGAAUUCUCUGGUUGGAAGAGGAGCCCAAAGACAGCAGGUUAUCUUAUCCGCGGGACGCAGAUUACCCGGAAUGGCUCAAAGCGGAAAUGUCACCGGUGAUAUGUGCGCUUUGGACGCCAGGUCAUCCUCAAUGCUCUCUGGGAACAUAUCCAAAGAAGGAAGUCCGGCAGUCCACAGAGGCUCUCCACAUCCGAUCAAGAACAGCUUCACCAAAAUCCAACACCCAGAUCAGCAGCUGAUCCUGCGCAGAGUGCUUGAGUUUCCCACGUCCACGAACGUGUCCCAGUCGACCUCUCUCGUGACCACGGGGGACAACACCACCACAGACACCACUACGGACGGGCCGGCCUCGUUCGACGAAGACGCCUCGGCCAGGGAUACGGCCGUCUGA